AGAGGUAUCAACUGCUUUAUGUAUAUUUAUCUUGGAAAUAAAUAUUUAUUUUAUUUUCGAUGUUAAUUAACGAGAAGAGUCCGCCCAUAAGAAAUGACGUAGAUGCGCGCGCCUUUCAGUACUUUUGAAUAGGCUUCGCGCGACGCCAAGAACUCGUCCCUGAGAGGUUAGCCACACAGCUAACUGCUCGCGAGACAAACAGACUAAUAACGAAAACCUACCAGAGUGACAGUUUUUUUUUUAACAGGGGUAAAGUGUAAGCGUGUUUUUGGGGCUUCACUUUCAAUCAUGCUCAACGGGGAGCGGUUCAUUGAGGCUCUGUCACGGUUUGGUUAUCCUAAUGCAUCUGCACUCAAAAGUUCGGAAUUUGAUUGGUUGUUUGAAGCUGCACCAGACAACCUCCAUCUUUUGCGUGUCUUCUGCCACCGUUUGAACCGCAACAAUGCGCUCAUGCCAGAAGAAGUGCAGGCAUUUCGCCUGCUCCGUGAGUCUGGGAAGCCUAUCUUGGAUGAAGCAACACUCGGUGAUCUGUUAAAAACCUGUGCACCGACUGAUGUGAGCGGGUCGCUGUCCUCACUUUGUGGAGAGGAGGAUGUUUCAAUGGAAGAUUUAGAGGCUGAACUCCAGGCCCUACGGAAAGAGAAGCAGCUGAAGUUACGCAGACUCAAAAAGCUGCAGGUCUUGGCCUCUAGCCGGGGUGCCGAUUCAUCUGCUGCUCUUGGACUACUCCAGGAAGGUAGCGGUGCAAUGAAAGAUGCUAGCUCUGCUCUCGCUGUUGAAAAUGCAGCAACAAAUGCUGCCUUAGAAGGUCUUAUAAAGGAAUCCCAGAAGCUUGCUGGUUUCUUCCAAACUAAUGGCUCAUCAGUGGAACAAAAGAAUGAAACAACAUCUUCUGGUCCUCUAUCAGUGCUGAUGUCCCAGGUUACUCUGGAACCCUAUCUCCACCAGGAGGAGCAAAACACUAAAGCCUUGGCCGCUUAUACUAGGCGUCAGUUUUUCCAGGGCAUCUCUGACAUGGUAGACACCUCAACAUCCAAACGCUUCCAGCUGACAGAGCUGAGCUGCUGCAGUGUGAGUGAGGAAGAGGAUGAUGAGAAGCUUGUGGAGAGCAGGAGAAAGGAGAUGGCCCGGCUGCAGUGGGCUCACAUUGUCGCGCAGCACCAGUUGCUGAAAGAGCAAGCAGAGGAGCGUGGAGCCCAAGCACUGAAGAACUGGCUCACCGAUCAGCUCAGCAGCCAAACACAGCCAGUGGGCUCUCUGCAGGGUUCCUGGCGUGAACCAGCUCUGCACUCCGAGCUUCUCUCUGUUCAGUCUGACCUUGAUGCUCUGAUGCGAGAGCCUGUCCGCUCUGCUCUGCGUGACAAUGCUCGCCUGCUGAAUGUGCCUGUGGUGCGGGGUGACUUGGCACUUCAGAUCGCCAGGCAGAACUAUUACACAGCCAGGCAGACCGAAGUCAGGGAUCAGCUCCUUCGACAGAAAGCAUCAUUCGAAGUUCUGCGUCUGGCACAGGACACUGAGCUCCGGAGGGGGAGAAGGACUGUGACCCAGCUGGACGAGAUCAUUAGUAGGCUAGAGGGGACAUCUCGGAGUGCUGCCCAGAGAGGGAACAUACUGACCCAGCCUGAACUGACCCAGACACACUGUCUGGGGAGUAAUGCAAAACUGCAAGUCAUCAGCUCUAAAGAUGUAGCUUUCAGCGGGCUGCUGCAGAUGUUGGAGCUGGGCAAGCUAUCUGAUUGUAAGGAUCCCCUCCUGACAUAUGGGAGGUUGGAAGCUGAAGCAGCUAGCUUGCAGAACGAGCUAAUGUCUGUUCAAGAUGCACUGGAAAGGGCAGCUCAGGAGCAGGGCUACAGUGGUGUGCGUUUAGAGCGUGACCGUGAUACUCUAGAGCGCUCGGCAUUUUCGGAUAUUGUGCAGCCGCUCCUGAGGCCACAGGUAUGUGCUAUAGCCACGCCUGCUCAGGAGCUCUGCCCUAAUGCACAGGAGAUGUCUGUUGUUCUCAUUGAGCUGGAAGAGAAGCAAAGGAAUUUGUACAAGCAUUUGCAGGACAUUGUAGGAGACUUGAGAACCAAAAGGGCUCGACUAGAGCAGAGUGGCAUUCUCAGACGAGAGAGAGAGCUGUACGUCUACUUUCACCUGGAUCCCACUCUGCUCAGCAAGGUUGUGCGUGAGAUGGAGGCCAGGGCUGGUGUCAAGUAGACUGGGGAGCAGGUUGUACCUCAGACACUACAGGAAAGAAGCUUUUAAGCUUAAAUCAGGAGAGAUGUGAUUCAGUUUUGUCUUGGAGCGCACAAAUUGUCAACUUCAUCAUCUUGUGCAUUUUCUGGAUUCUGAUUCUGAUUUUCUGGACUGUCUUUGACAUCGCUGACUGCAAUGUCAAACAUUUUGCUACCCAAAAUGUUAAUGACUGUAGAGCGUAACUUUGUGUUUGUUUGCAUAUGCAAUAUUGUAAAAUUAGACAUGUAAAAGACUUCUAAUAAAAUGUAUUUGUGCAUAAUUUU